GAUCUACCUAGACCCCAAGGCUGCAGAACAGAACCGUGGUUCACACGGUUCGCAGGCUAGCUAGCAGGGUUCACAAACAAACAAAACAAGGAACCAAUUCUGUAAUUCUGUACGGUGAAAUACUGGUAUGCAACAUGGCAACGUUCCAGGAUGAAUCCACAGACUGUGCUAUUUGCCUGGGGUUGCUCAGCGACCCAGAGAUGGAAGUAAUCGAGUUGACGACGUGUGGGCAUCGGUGGCAUUUGGAGUGCCUCAAAGAGCAGCUGGCUCAAGCACAACCCAAUCCAGCUCAGCGCCUAGUCCUUACUGGAUGUCGCUGUGCCAAAUGUGGUAGCGUCUGUGAGCAUCCCAAGUUGGAGCACUUGACACGACAAACAGAUGCCCUGCGAGAAAAAGUGGAUGCUGUGAUACGAGAACAGCUGGAAGACAAGAGCAAAAAUGAUCUAGCAGCCCUGGAGGAUGCCCGUCGAAAGUAUGCUGUGUAUCUCUGCAGCCAUUGCCGUGAACCCUAUUUUGGUGGCACCAUUGCUUGUGCUGACACGGCUGAAGGAGAAGUACCUCCCGAUGAACGACUCUGUGUGGCGUGUGCUCCACAACAACAACAGCAAGCACAAUGCCGACACCCUUUGGAACAUCGAGGACACCACAUUUGGAAGUGUCGCUAUUGCUGCAAGGUUGCUACGCAUAUCUGCUACGGAACGGUCCACUUCUGUGAUGAUUGUCACGAUCGCAAUUCGGAACGAGUGGAAAUGAUUAGACGACAACAGUUGCGACAACGCGAAACGAGGACAACAGACCAUCAACCUCCCUCCUGUCUUUCGCCAAUUCCAUGUCCAGGUGGCGACGCAUGUCCAUUUCCCAAAAAAGAAGGCCAAACACACCAUGAAAACGGAAAGGCUGCUUCCUGUGAACAAGCCUACGGGUGUGGCUGGUGUCAAUCCAAUCCAACUGCCAAUGAACAUGCCUUUGUUGCGCCUCCUGGGUCACGAAAUUUUCUACAAAAUGGCUGUGGACAGCAUGGUCAUCGCGGAUGGCAACAAUUCAAUCCACGGGCUCGCUGGCAAGUGGAACAAAGUGACACGCCGCUGAGUGAUACGAUCACUACCAAUUUCGUCAGCUCCUUUCAGUGGAGUGCCAUGGGUCAAUCUGUAGUGCUGUCAAGCUUUCUCCAAAGUAAUGAACUGCGCCUUCCACUGGAAGUUUCGGCAAAAUACAUGGCUCGGACCGACUGUGCUAGUGUCUUUCGCAUGGAAGCACUCCUCCUUGGACGCAACAGGGCUGUCUUGCAGCGAAAACGGACAAACACUCUGAAUGCCCCUGCUGACUUCUGGGAAAGGGCAUCCUUGACUUUGGAGCCCAUGGCAGGAGCAUAUGAAGUUGCUAUUGUUGUGUACGGAAAGGAUGUGCCAUUUUGGCAAGGGAACUUUGGCAGCAAGGUCACAGAUUGCCAGAUUCGCGUCUUGGGUACUCCGGAAGAGCUCCAAAGAGACUUGCGGCCCGAAAAUGAAAUACGCGCUCGAGCUGGAGGUGAGACAACAAUCGGCAGUGCUUAGUUACUAGAUCUAUCUGUGCAGCAAUCACGCAAAAUGAAAGCACUCAACUCAAUCGAUGGUUCUUUUGUGUCCCCCUCGUUUUGAAAGGUUGGCUGAGGGGUCAAGGGCCAGUGGAAGCUAUGGAGAGAAGUUGGUGGCGGAAGCACAUCGCGGAGAUUGCUCUUCCGGUGAUGUGCUUCAUCGUCUUCGCGUGGCUGUUUCAGUAGAGGGACGUAUUUAGUCUCGAGUUGAAUGGAACGUGGUUAUAGAACGGAAUCAAUCCAUGAAAAGUUGAUACAAUGUAACAGUUAUAAAGUUAACAACUGGGGCUGUUUAUGAUAUGCUCUUGGCGUCACUGGCUACUAGCUUCAGAGGCUGUGUCUGAUUCGUCUGUCAGAACGGAGCUAGAUUCAGAUUCAUCGCUCAAGGGGUCCGGCUUGGAGGGCAUUUCCUUUGCCUCCUUGGCUAAUUGCGGAUCAUCUGCAUCGCCUUUGGACAGCACCUUGACCAAUAGCUUGACGAUCAUAUAUGACCACAGGGUGUUCAAGGCAAUGAGAGAGCACAGCAAUGCCCGGAAGAUCACCCAAGCGAACUCUGUCAUACCCCCGGCGAACAAAGGCGCUGUUUCCGUAAAGGCGCUGUACACAUAGACACCAGCAUAGAGGUACAUGCGGCACACGAACCAUGAAAUGACAAAUACACAAAGUGCAACCUUGCUGGAAGUCUUGAAUUCCAAUGUCUUCAAAAUCUUUGCCAAGUCCUUGGGACAUCUGUGAUCAUGUGCAUGGUUGAAACGAUGACUCCAAUCCUUGACAGGCUGUAGAGAGUUGACCCGUACAGGAGGAUCGCAGUGACAAUGUGGUGAAUGAUCAUUUCAACAUAGUCCUUUCGGGUGGACUUUCCUUCAAUGAGCACUCCAGCCAAGUCUUCCACAUGGUAUGCAAGUUGCAACAGAUAGAGAAUCUGGACAGUGUUGCUGGCCACAUGGUGUGGGUAGCCCUCCCAGAUGAGGCUAGUGGUGUGCCAGUAAUCAGGAGAUUGCCAGUAUUCAUAUAAUCCCAGACCCGUCACCACGCAUCGAAAGAGGAAUCGGAACGAAAAAUCACUAAAGUGCUGGAUGCUGUCCUGGUUUUGCUCCACCCACUUUUGUCCAUGUGCUGCCCGUCCCAAACGAGUUCCCAGUUGCUUCAGAAGAGGAAGCAACACAUAAGAGCGGCUGAGGCGAACCAAGACAAUUGUCAGCACCAAAGCAACUUUAUAGUGUGGCUGAGUCACAUCCUGAAAUGGCAGCAGAUUGUUGUGGCAUGAUGAUGAUGAUUCUAGUGUGCAGGUAUCCAUGGUUGUCAACAGAUGAUGAUAGAAUCUGUUGGUAUGCGUAUGUGAAUUGCAGAUGGAAGCUACUGUAAAUGAAUGGAUGUCGAAAUUUUAUGACAGCAGAAUAAUACGGUAAGCAAGAGCAAUACUGCCCUGGUCUGUUUCCUUGCCAGUUUGAUAGCCUUCGGAUGUCAAUAGAUAACAAGGGUGCAAUCAGAACCUUGGUUGCCUGGGCCUGAAGCCGUGAGAAUCACGAUGUACCGGUUUUCGCUGCAUACUGCGGUAUGAUAGCUAGUAUCGUAUCUCGACUCUCUUGCUUACAGCUUUGGUAUUCCGGUAGUUGAGGUAAUCCAAUUCAAAAACAUUUUGUACCAUUUUUAAAACUCUAAUCCAACGUUUACCUAGCCUACCCGUAAAAAGCUGUCUUGC